AUGUCGGUCCCUUCGGCGCCCCAUAUUGUCCUGCUGGCUGCCCACCUAGCUGCCAAAGCCGAUAUUCCCGCCCUGUCAUACCUGGCAUCGUUGCAUGACCAGAUACUGCGCAAGGAGUUGCUACUGCGCAUUAUUCUUACAUAUCUUCCCGAAACCGUACGGAGCGCCGAGUAUGUCGACUUGGUGGCACAAAUCGAAUCUGGCCAGUACCCCUCUCCAGACGACCCUGACCGCAGCUCCGUCGAGUUCGAUGCACCCCAUAUAGAAGGGCUAUCGGACGAGCAGGCCGUAAAGAAGGCUAAAAAGCUUCAGCUGCUCAAGCUGUCUUGGGAGGAUGCGCCGGCCGAGAUCGAUCCUGAAGACCACCUGUCGCUCUUUCUCCUCCGGCGCGCAUACCGGGUCGAUGAGGAGGCUGGACUACUGAACGAGAUCCCGUGGCUGUUUGCCCCCUUCAUGGACCAUUCCCCAUACCUAAGAACAUGGUUUAUUUCAGUCCUCACGCCGCUCUUGAGGCGCAAUUGCGAAUACUAUCUUGGCGAUCCUGUCCCUCACACUCUUGCCGAGUUUGAACGCCUUCCCGACCGUGUAGCCGCUAGGCUCCUCCUUUCUCAGACCGGCGUUUCCAAGGACGACCAGCAGUACGCAUCCGUAGGCAGGGAUCUGCGAGGCCUGGUCAGCCCCUGGCUCUACAACGACUCCAGGUGGACAAGUCGACAACACGGCCUCAUACCCAAGGGAGAUCAGGAACAGCUGGCGAAACCAGAUGAACUCUGCCCAGGAUGGGAGGAGGUUCUUCAAUGGAUCGUCAGCCAGGCCUCUGGAUCCUGGAAGGUCGCAGUCAGCGCUAUAGAACAGUGGGACGGUCCAGGGGAUGCAGACCUUGGCGCCUAUGAGGGUACAGCAUGGCUGGAGGAGGAAGAGCAACAGUACAUGGAACGCAGGUAUGCGCGGGCUGCGCUGGCCUCGGCUUAUGUCGUCCCAGAAGCAUCGGUGGAUGCAUUGGAGGGCGUUCACGGUAUAGUAGAAAAAAUCAUGUCACUUCUUGAUGAGGAUCCUGCACCACCUCUGCCCACCGCCGCAUCAUUACUGUCACCCAUGCCGAAAGACCUUCUUGAAAGCUGCAGGGACGGCAUAAUGGCUCCGAAAAACGCGGAGCAUCUUCGCGGGGAUCUCCUUGACGAAGCGAACCCGCUUACGAAGCCUGCCUCGGCUCCGGUACAGCUUCUCUACGCAACGUGCCUCAGCGCUUAUAUUUUAACCAGAGCGGGCAGCCCAUGCACUAUUAAGCGGGCUGCCGACCUUUGUUUGAUGCAAAAUGAGCGUGAUCAAAAGGCAGAGGCAAUGAAACUCAUACAUGCGGUUUGUGGCGGCAACGCCCUGAAAUCAGACGACAAGUAUUGGAUCCGAGCGAGGAACGAAAUAUCAUGGCUUCGCGACUGGGGGGCAGAAGAGUACGGCGCACCGUCUUCUGUCGAUGGGUGCGGAGUUUUUGGCCGGGUGAAUAGGGAGUUUCUCGAAAUUGAAAUUCUCAAAGGCCUUCUAAACAACACCAGGUAUUCUCUUGCGCGGUCGUUAUAUGAAGACUCGCCAGAUGCGCCAAUACCACAGAAAGCGCUUCAGGACACGAUAUUUGCUGCGGCCAUGAACGCAUACGACAAUGCUUCCAACCCCAACAGGACAAGGGGUGGAUUGAAGAAGUGUAAUGACAUCAUCAAUGCUUUCCCUAAAACAAUAAAAAUGUCAACACCGGCUGCCCAGAGGCUAGAAGCACUCCUCAAAGCCACCCACUCUCUGAGCGACUACAGACUAGUCUUGAAGCAGGGUGAGCCGUUCACGCCAGUCGUGAUGCGCGUACAUCCCGACCCCAUCUCUAUUAUCGCCAGGGUCCUCGAACAAAAUCCAAAGAGCUACACCAACAUUCAAGGUCUGAUUGACCUGGGCAAUCACAUGGUUGAAGCGGGUCUGACCGUCCGCGACCAGCACGGCCAGUCGAUUCUAACGCCAGAGCUAAAGCCAAUCGAGCGAUCUAUGGCAGAGAAGCGCAUCACGGCAAUGUGCGUGGAUGCGGCCUUGACCGAAGAUGACUUUGAGACGGCAUACUCGUACGUCGUGAACCGGCUAGCGUCCAUAGCAUCCCCGGCAGCUGGCAAGGAUGCCAUAGUGGAUGAAUGGUCUUGGAAAGCGGCCCUCCAGGCCGGCAAGUACCGGCGCACGGCAAAGACACUGCGACCAACACACAUCGGCAACACCUCCAGCAACCCAGAGAUUCGACACUUGGAGCAGCGCAUCGAGUGUCUCUCUACGGCGCUCCGCAUAGCCCCAGCCUCCACCCUACAGGAGAUCUUGAACACCUUCCGUCGCUGCGAGGAGGAGCUCGACGUGGCCGUGCGCGCCGAGGCAGAAUCUGAGAAUGCGUGGGACGACAAGGGGGAUUUGACCACCAUGCCGGGUGGGUACUCGGCCACUGCCGCCUCCAACACCACCACACGAUCACAGCCCACCAGCUUCUCGUCCGCGGCGCGGAGCAACCAGACAGAAGAAAGUCCGCUGUCGCUCUUCGACUUGUCCCGCGCCACCGCGCGUGCAGCCUCGAGGAACUUCUCCGCCCUGUCAAGCCUGAAGCGGUCCGGGCAGCAAGCGGCCAGGUCCUCGACCGACCACAAUGACUCGUCGCUCGCCAGCUCCAUAGGCUCACUGCAUGACGGAACUGCCGACUCGGCGGAUCACCCGCGGGCAAGGAAGCGGGACCAGCUGAGGGAGGCGGCGCUUGGUUCGCUCGUCAGUGGUGUUGGCUGGUUGGUUGGUGCGCCGCCUGUUGAUCGGGGCCAGGGUGCUGACAAGGGCUGA